GGUGAGGAGCUGCAGCUGAUUCAGCCUGAGAAGCCAGUGGCAGUGGCAGCGGCAGCUGGAGGGGCGGCCACUCUGAGAUACACAAUGACCUCCCUGCUCCCCGUGGGAACCGUCAUGCGGUUCAGAGGAACAGGGCCAGACCGACAGUUAAUCUACAGUUUCAAAGGAGGUCACUUCCCCCGAGUAACAAGUGCUAUAGAUGUAACAAGAAGAGACAACAUGGACUAUUCCAUCCACAUCAACAACAUCGCCACAGCAGACACUGGUACCUACCGCUGUGUGAAGUUCCACAGAGGAGAACCCGAUGACACGGAGCUCAAGUCUGGGGCAGGCACUCAGCUCAUCGUGAGUGCCAAAUCAUCUACCCCCAUGGUAUCAUGUCCUGCCACAAGGGCUCCACCUGGGCAGACAGUGAAUUUCAUCUGCGAGUCCCAUGGCUUCUCCCCCAGGAACAUCAUACUGAGAUGGUUCAGAGACGGGAACGAGCUCCCAGCCUCCCAGACCGCCGUGGACCCAGAGGGAGACAGCCCUUCCUACAGCGUCUCCAGCACGGCCAGGGUGCAGCUGGCCCCGGGGGAUGUCCGCUCCCAGGUCAUCCGCCAGGUGGACCGUGUCACCCUGCAGGGGAGCCCUCCUCUUCGUGGGACUGCCAGCUUGUCAGAGACCAUCAGAGAGCUUCUGCCCUGUGCUGUUUCGGUUCUGCCUACCCUGGAAGUUACCCAACGCCCCAUGUCAGAGAACCAGACAAAUGUUGUCCCCUGCAUUGUGAAGAAGUUCUGCCCCCAGCACCUACAGCUGACCUGGCUGGAGAAUGGAAACAUGUCCCAAACAGAAACAGCCUGGACUCUCAUAGAGAACAAGGAUGGGACCAUCAGCAGAAGGAGCUGGUACCUGGUGAAUUUGUCUGCCCGCAGGGAGGACGUGGUGCUCAUCUGUCAGCUGCAGCCUCAUGGGCAGUGGGCAGUGAGUAGGAACCUCGCCCUGGAGCCCUCCACUCACCUGAAAGGCCAGGACAAUGGCCUAGGACUAUCUACUGAAAUCCUCAGAGCUGUCCUCCUAGGCUUGGUCCUGAUAGUGGUUGGUGUUGCUGCCAUCUAUGUCCGCAGGUAUUGGAGAGCCUGGCUGUAA